UCCCCCCGCCCCUCCCCCCGCCGGGGGUGUCGCGCGCCGCUGGUGGCACCAUGUCCUAUGUCCCCUUCCGAGAUGUGCGAGGAGCCCCUCUGGGCCGCGGGCCCUACGCCCCCUCCCCGUACGAGCGGCCCCCCUGGAACCCCCGGUUCUGCAUCAUCUCCGGCAACCAGCUGCUGAUGCUCGAUGAGGAGGAGAUCCACCCGCUGCUGAUCCGGGAGCGGCGGGGGGAGCCGUGCCGGAGCAAGCUGCUGCGCAGGACCGUCAGCGUGCCCGUGGAGGGCCGCCCGCACCCCGAGCACGAUUACCACGGCGGCCGCUCCCGCAGGAAGAGCGUUCCCGGGGGGAAGCAGUUCAGCAUCAACAUGGACGCGCCGCCCGCGCCGCCCUUCCGGCCCUCGCAAGGCUUCCUGAGCCGGCGCCUCAAGAGCUCCAUCAAGCGCACCAAGAGCCAGCCCAAGCUGGACCGGACCAGCAGCUUCCGGCAGAUCCUGCCCCGCUUCCGCAGCGCCGACCACGACAGGGCGCGGCUGAUGCAGAGCUUUAAGGAGUCGCACUCGCACGAGUCGCUGCUGAGCCCCUCGAGCGCGGCCGAGGCGCUGGAGCUGAACCUGGACGAGGAUUCCAUCAUCAAGGCCGUGCACAGCAGCAUCCUGGGCCAGGAGUUCUGCUUCGAGGUGACGACGGCGUCGGGCACCAAAUGUUUCGCCUGCCGGUCGGCGGCCGAGAGGGACAAAUGGAUCGAGAACCUGCAGCGCGCCGUGAAGCCCAACAAGGACAACAGCCGCCGCGUGGACAACGUGCUGAAGCUGUGGGUGAUCGAGGCGCGCGACCUGCCGCCCAAGAAGCGCUACUACUGCGAGCUGUGCCUGGACGACAUGCUGUACGCGCGCACCACCAGCAAGGCCCGCACCGACAACGUCUUCUGGGGCGAGCACUUCGAGUUCAACAACCUGCCCGCCGUGCGCACCAUCCGCCUGCACCUCUACAAGGACACCGACAAGAAGAGGAAGAAGGACAAGAGCAACUACGUGGGCAUGGUGAGCAUCCCCAUCGCCAGCGUCACCGGGCGGCACUUCGCCGAGCAGUGGUACCCGCUGAGCCAGCCCAGCGGCAGCAAGAGCAAGGCCGGGUGCCCCGCGCUGCGCGUCAAGAGCCGCUUCCAGACCAUGAGCAUCCUGCCCAUGGAGCUCUACAAGGAGUUCGCCGAGUACGUCACCAACAACUACCGCAUGCUCUGCGCCGUGCUGGAGCCCGUGCUCAGCGUCAAGAGCAAGGAGGAGGUGGCCUGCGCGCUGGUGCACAUCCUGCAGAGCACCGGCAAGGCCAAGGACUUCCUGUCGGACAUGGCCAUGACGGAGGUGGAUCGUUUCAUGGACCGGGAGCACCUGAUCUUCCGGGAGAACACCUUGGCCACCAAAGCCAUCGAGGAGUACCUGAAGCUCAUCGGCCAGAAAUACCUCAAGGACGCCAUUGGCGAGUUCAUCCGCGCGCUCUACGAGUCGGAGGAGAACUGCGAGGUGGACCCCAUGAAGUGCUCGGCCUCCACGCUGGCCGACCACCAGGCCAACCUGCGCAUGUGCUGCGAGCUGGCGCUCUGCAAGGUGGUCAACUCCCACUGCGUGUUCCCGCGGGAGCUGAAGGAGGUGUUCGCCUCGUGGCGGCUGCGCUGCGCCGAGCGCGGGCGCGAGGACAUCGCCGACCGCCUGAUCAGCGCCUCGCUCUUCCUGCGCUUCCUGUGCCCCGCCGUCAUGUCCCCCAGCCUCUUCGGCCUCAUGCAGGAGUACCCCGACGAGCAGACGGCGCGGACGCUGACCCUCAUCGCCAAGGUCAUCCAGAACUUGGCCAACUUCACCAAGUUCGGGAGCAAGGAGGAGUACAUGGCGUUCAUGAACGAGUUCCUGGAGCUGGAGUGGGCCAGCAUGCAGCAGUUCCUGUACGAGAUCUCCAACCUGGACACGCUCACCAACAGCACCAGCUUCGAGGGCUACAUCGACCUGGGCCGCGAGCUGUCCACGCUGCACGCGCUGCUCUGGGAGGUCAUGAGCCAGCUCAGCAAGGAGGCGCUGCUGAAGCUGGGCCCGCUGCCCCGCCUGCUGACGGACAUCAGCGUGGCGCUGCGGAACCCUCACCUGCAGCGCCAGCCCAGCCAGGGCGAGCGGCUGCCGCCCAAGGGGCUGGUGCUGCGCGGGCCCUCGGCCGACCUGCAGCCCUACCUGGUGCGCGACCUCAACAGCUCCGUGGAUCUCCAGUCCUACAUGGUCCGGGGGCUCAACAGCUCCAUGGACGUGCCGCGCCUGCCGUCGCCGCCGCAGGAGAAGGGUCCGCCGGAGGUGCUGGUGCUGAGCCGCCCGCCGCUCGCCCGCUCCUCGCCCGCCUACUGCACCAGCAGCUCGGACCUCACCGAGCCCGAGGGCGGCCGCGGCGGCGCGCUGGGCGUGGGCAAGAGCGUCUCCAUGCUGGACCUGCAGGACGGACGCGUGGACAGCAUCCCCAGCCUGCCGGCCGAGCUGCUGGCCGGGGGCGCGGCGCCGGGGGGCGCGGGCCAAGGGGGGCUGCGGCCCGGGCGGCUCUCGCAGGGCAGCGCCUCCAGCCUGGCCCCGCCGCGCCUGGGCGUGCCCGAGCCCGGCGGGCCGCAGCUGCGGGUGCCGCUCUCCUUCCAGAACCCGCUCUUCCACCUGGCCGCCGACGGGCCCCUGCGCGGCCCCGACGGGCCCGGAGGAGGCGGCGGCGGCGGCGGCGGGAGGGGCGAGGGGGGCGGCCCGCCGGACGGGGGACACUACGUGGGGGGAGUGGCCCCGCCGCCGCUGCACGGCUACAGCAAGAGCGAGGAGCUGGCGACCCCUCCCCAAAAACACAUCACGCACAGCCACAGCUACAGCGACGAGUUCGGGCGGCCCGGAGGCGACUUCGGGCGCAGGCAGCUGUCGCUCCAGGACACGCUGGCGCCGCCCCAGAUCACCAUCGGGGCGCCCCCGCCGCCCACCCCGCGGGGGUCGCGGGCGGGGAAGGGGGGCGGGGGGCCCCAGGCGCUGGGGGUGCCCCAGAAGCCGCGCCCGGCCAGCGGGAACCUGCUGGCAUCGCCCGAGCCCGCCUACGGCCCGGCCCGCUCCCGCCAGCCCUCGCUGGCCAAGGAGGCCUCGGUGGCCGGCAUGAAACCGCCCGUCACCAAGCAGGCGUCGCAGACGCCGUCGACGCUGAACCCGGUGCUGCCGGCGUCGGAGCGCACGGUGGCCUGGGUGUCCAACAUGCCGCACCUGUCGGCCGACAUCGAGAGCGCGCACAUCGAGCGCGAGGAGUACAAGCUCAAGGAGUACUCCAAGUCCAUGGACGAGAGCCGGCUGGACCGGGUGAAGGAGUACGAGGAGGAGAUCCACUCGCUGAAGGAGCGGCUGCACAUGUCCAACCGCAAGCUGGAGGAGUACGAGCGGCGCCUGGUGACGCAGGAGGAGCAGACCAGCCGCAUCCUCCUGCAGUACCAGCAGCGCCUGGAGCUCAGCGAGAAACGGCUCCGGCAGCAGCAGCAGGAGAAGGACUCGCAGAUCAAGAGCAUCAUCGGCAGGCUGAUGCUGGUGGAGCAGGAGCUGCGCAGGGAUCACUUGGGCGCCCACGACCCAUCCGAGGGCCGGCGGCGGCUGCUCGACGCUCAGGUGGAGAGGCAGCUUUCCGCCGUGGGUGCAGCAGACCCGGGUGUGAUUUGGGGGGCCGGGGGGGUCCCCGGGCGGCCCCCGCCUCCGCCCCCGCCACCCCCGAUCACGGCCAACGGCUGCGAGCGGCGCGGCCCCGCUGCUGAGCACUGACCCCCGCCCCGGGGGUCGCCGGGACCCCCCCCCUCAAACCAAACCGCACCCGCACCCCCCCUUGAGUCCCCCCGAAACCCCCCCAGCCCUGGGGGAAAAAAGGGGGAAAGGGGAGGGCGGGGGGGAGGGGGGAACACCCGGAGACCCCCGGGGUGAGGAGGAGGAGGAGGAGGAGGAGGAGGAGGAGGCGAGGGGGGCUCGCGUUUGGGGGGGGGUCUCUGUCACGCGAGGAAUUCGGGGGGGUUUGCGCGAGGAAUUUUUUGGGGGGGGUCCUCGUGCAGCAGAUCCUCGUGCAAAGGGCUCCUCGCGCGGGGAAACGGGGGGGGCGGGACAGGAAUUGGGGGUCCCCGUGCGACAAUUUGGGGUCCCCGUGUGAGAAUUUGGGGUCCCCGUGUGAGAAAUUGGGAUCCUCGUGUGAGAAUUUUGGGGUCCCCACGUGAGAAUUUGGGGUCCCCGUUUGAGAACUUGGAGUCCCCGUGUGGAUUUUGGGGCCCCCGUUCAGGAAUUGGGGUCCCCGUGUGACGAUUUGGGGGUCCCCAUGUCAGGAAUUUGGGGUCCCCAUUCCCGGAAUUGG